ACAAAGGGGGGAUGUCAGCUUGAAUUAUCGCCCGCGGGCAGUCGAGGUCUUUAGACGCCGUGUGCGACUGACCCUGUUGGUUCUUGUUGCUAUGAACUAGCUAAUUCAAACAGAUCUAGCUCACCCUCGGGGCAGGGCAAUAUGAACAGAGCGCCGAGGGAUUUCGACAGAACUGCCGUGUGUGUUUUUGUUUUCCAAUGCUGGCAUCUUGAUUUACCUAGCUGUGGUUUUACAUGCAAAGAUGGAGCUUUUUCUUGAUCGCAGGAUUUGAUCCGAGAUCUGCGUGCUUUUGUGCGUGCUUGGAUGCAUCUAUUGCAUGUUGUUGGCAGUUUGUCCUAAUCAGAAAUAAAAGAGAUAACAGUGGCUGUGUUACAAGAUUACUGGAUGCUGUUGGGAUGGUUUAGAUGUCACUAACACAUAAUUUAAGGGUGUAAAAGUUCAUUACAAAUGGAGAAAACAGCUGGUUCUGUGUGGGAAUGGAUACAUGGAAGCCAGGGAUCUCUUCACAGAGGCAUCAGGCCUCCCAUAAUGAAUGGCCCCAUGCACCCUCGUCCUCUGGUGGCGCUGCUGGAUGGCCGGGACUGUACAGUAGAGAUGCCCAUCUUAAAGGACGUGGCCACCGUGGCCUUCUGUGACGCCCAGUCCACCCAGGAGAUCCACGAGAAGGUUUUAAAUGAAGCAGUGGGUGCUCUCAUGUACCACACCAUCACCCUGAUGAGGGAGGACCUGGAAAAGUUCAAAGCUCUUCGUAUAAUUGUCCGCAUUGGGAGCGGCUUUGAUAAUAUCGACAUAAAGUCUGCUGGAGACUUAGGAAUAGCAGUCUGCAACAUGCCAGCAGCUUCAGUCGAGGAGACGGCAGACUCCACCAUGUGUCACAUCCUAAACCUGUACCGACGCACCACCUGGCUGCACCAGGCUCUCCGGGAGGGCACGCGGGUCCAGAGCGCAGAACAGAUCCGGGAGGUGGCGUCUGGGGCGGCCCGGAUCAGAGGAGAGACGCUGGGGAUCAUUGGUCUAGGGCGUGUUGGACAGGCGGUGGCGCUGAGGGCCAAAGCAUUCGGCUUCAACGUGAUCUUCUACGACCCGUACCUGUCUGAUGGGACGGAGCGAGCCCUGGGGCUGCAGAGAGUCAACACCCUACAGGACCUGCUCUUCCACAGCGACUGCGUCACCUUACACUGCAGCCUCAACGAGCACAACCACCAUCUCAUCAACGACUUCACCAUCAAACAGAUGCGUCAGGGCGCCUUCCUGGUGAACACGGCGCGUGGAGGUCUGGUGGAUGAGAAGGCCCUGGCCCAGGCUCUGAAAGAGGGCAGAAUACGGGGAGCAGCCCUGGACGUCCAUGAGACCGAGCCCUUCAGUUUUAGCCAAGGUCCUCUUAAAGAUGCACCCAACCUGAUCUGCACCCCUCACGCGGCGUGGUACAGCGAGCAGGCCUCCAUUGAGAUGCGCGAGGAGGCGGCGCGUGAGAUCCGUCGGGCUAUCACCGGUCGUAUUCCAGACAGCCUCAAGAACUGCGUCAACAAAGAGUUCCUCACACAGACCACGCACUGGGCCGGCUUGGACCCCACUGUGGUUCAUCCAGAACUCAAUGGAGCCUACAGGUACCCCCCAAGCGUCGUGAGCCUAGCUUCAGGGGGUCUGCCUCCUCCAGUGGAGGGCAUCAUGCCAAGCACCGUGCCCAUCACCCACAGCCUGCCCACCGCAGCCCACCCUCCACACGCCCCGUCACCCGGCCAAACCGGCAAAGCUGAACCCGAUAGAGAGCAGCACCCCAACGAACAGUUGUAGCCCCCUCUUCAAAGGCUCUCCGUACCACUAUAGAACUCUCCUGGUCCUUCUUUACCCCAAAGAAGAGGAGCACAAACAGGCUCCCGGGCUCAGAACCAGCCACUAAAAACAACCACGACUCUGAAGUAGCCAACUCUUAGACUGAAGGUGGUGGACUGCGCUCUCUGACGUGUCUAGUGGGGGAAAAAAACAACAAAAAAAGAGAAAAACUUGUGGAUUUCAAACUUUUCCCUGAUGCAAAAUCCUGCUGUUUUAGAUAGUAGUCUGUCCAAGUGCAGUGGGCGAUCUUUUAUCUGUUAUUUUGUCUGUCUAAUGGGUUUCAUUGUUAAAACAACAGUAGCUAUUACAUGAAUGUAACCUGUUUGUGUACAGUUUUUAGGACAUGAUCAAUGGUUUGUAGAUGAAAAAAAAAAAACUGAAACAGCAUUAUGGGAGGCAUCUUACCACCUAAUUAUAGAUAUGAUAACAAAAAGCAUAUUAGUUUCGCUCGUUUGAUUUUAAAAGCCCCGAAAGAGGCAGGAUUUGCACACCCUCUCAGGAAAAUUGAUUUCCCCCCCUCCCUUCCUUUUAAAUUAAACCACAUAGUGCAUUGUUUUUUGUCUUUUGUAGUCAAAAUUCAGUACAUCACUUUAAAGAACUACACUCAGUAUGUUUUUAUUUUAGGAGCAUGUAUUACUUAUGUGUUAAAGGUUAAAAAGUAAACAGAAAAGUUCAGUUUUUGAACAAAAUGUAAAAAAAAAAAAAAAAAAAAAA